AUGGACAUCCGCAUCGAAGAUUUUCAGCGCUUGAUCCUGCCUCUCGAAGAGCAGAUCCAUGUACACGAAGAUGCCUUGGCGAAGCUUGCUUCAGAUCAGCAAACACGACAGCUAAAAGAAGCAGCGGUGCAGGAGCGCUUCGAGAGCGAGCGCGCAGCUCGAGAACUUCAGCGCCGUGAGCUUUCUGGGAUCGUCGCUCGGGAACGAAAGGCCUUCGAACGCCUGACCGUCCUGGAGCAGGGUCUGCUGGCAGUGGAUGAGCUGGCCCGCCGUGAGAUGGAGGCACGAGCACGAGACACGCGUCGGCUCUGGGAUGCCUUGGACAAUGUCUCCAACGAUACUUCUCAGGACAUGGAUCCCUCGCUGCCCUCCCAGCCACUGACGAGUCUGCUAAGGCUGGGAGGACGCAGCCUGCAGCAUGCUGAGCAUUGCUGA